CUAUGAUAUUAGGAAGAAAAAUGGCAACGUUAAACACGUAUGUCCCUUAGCACUUCAGAAAAUACUAUUUUUAGUUCACAAAUUCUUCUUAGGCAACGCAUCAAUUGUGUUCCAUGUCACGUCCAGUCAUCUCGACAAAUCGUUAAGUUGUCAAAAAAAAAGAUACAAGUUGUCAUCGGUGAGUUGCAGUGCCUAGAUUUCGUAAUUCUUCUAAUAUUUUUGUGGAAUUUGUUUAUGAAUUCAUAAGAUGUUGCGUGCGUGGAAAAUGUGAAAAAAUGGGUGCUAAAGACUCGAAAAGAAGUUGCCUGAGCUACGAAGAUGCAGUUAAGCGAAUGUCAGAUGCUGAACUCAAGCGUGUGCAAGAAUCGUUCAAAAGGCUUACAAAUGGAGGACAACUUUUGUCAAGAGCAGCAUUCACACAGCACAUUUUGGGAGAAGGCGUACCUCGGCCAGUGGCUGACUGGCUUUAUGCUGCCUGCGGGGGAGGGUCUAGGGGCAUAGCCCUUAGGGACCUCCUCUGCGGGCUAGUAUUACUCACCAGAGGGACUCAAGAAGAACGUGUAAGGUUUCUAUGGACGUUGUAUUGCAACGACUCCGGCGCGUAUAUCCUCCGCAGCGAGUUCCAGUCGGCUCUGCAGAUCGAAGGGGCGUUUCCACCGCCCCCCGAUUCUAGCGGCCGCCCCAAUCCAUCAUGGGAUAAGACUAUUGUUUCACUGUUUGGAGCAGGGCAGGAUAAGGUCGGAUUUGAUGACUUCAGGGCGUGGAUUAUGUAUAAUAAGGAAGCUACUGUGUUGUCAAAGUGGCUCCUCUCCAGUCCCUCAGUAUCUCUAAGUUCUGAACUGGAAACACCAACGUUCUACCAAACAUUAGCAGGAGUAACUCAUUUGGAUGAACAAGACAUCUGCGAGUUAGAAAAAUGCUUCUGGGCAUUACAGAAUGCUUCUUCUACCGGCCAUUUGGAUUUUGCUUGCCUCAAGUCCCUAGUCUGUCCGCCAGUGCCAUUGAAGGCUUGCAAAGGAUUAUUCCUAGCUCUGGAUGUUAAUAGAGAUGAACACAUCGACUUUAAGGAACUCUGCUGUGGCAUUUCAGCAGCUUGUCGAGGUCCACUUGUAGAAAGGAUGAAAUUCUGCUUCAAAGUCUUCGAUAUGGACCGCGAUUGUUACCUGAACACAGAUGAAGUACAGCACAUGAUGCAAACAUUGGUGUUUAUCGCUAGCGAGAACAAACUAACUUACUCCUCGCACAUAUUUCAAGAAACCGCUAAAAAAGCUGAAGAACUCACGGAACGUCUUCAGGAUCAUACAGGCGGUAGUACCAAGAAGCAAUCCAUAACGUGGGACAGUUUGAAGGAAAAGUUGGAUGAAAGGGGAGGUUUAACACAAGAAGAUUAUUUAGUGUGGAGUGUGGAGAACAAUGGUCUUGUUGCUCCUUUAUUGGAGUUAUUAUUUCAAGUGUGUCAUGUCUCACUGGGUCUGAGACCUCACUGCAGGCAUAAUGAAUAUGAAAUCGUGAUGGGUUGGUUGGACCGCGAGGAACGUCGCGGCUACCACGUGGGUCAGUUCUGGUACCUGGUAUCAUCCGAAUGGUGGCAACAGUGGUUAGCGUACACGUCUGCCCCUAGGUCAAACGGAGACUUCUGCAGUUGUAGAGCUGAAACAAGGCCACAACAAGUUGAAGAGGGAAUCGUUUGUGAUGAGAGUCUCAUCUCUAAUGCGACGGACUGCACCUCAACCUCCAAUGAUUUCAAUUCUAAUAGUAUGGAGAGUAUGGGGGAUCUUCUCAGCAAAGGAGACAGUUGCAGCAUUGCAUCCAGCUCUGGGGUGUCAAGUAGUUCUGGAACUGGACCUAAACGCAGUUUUGGUCAACCUGGUCCCAUUGACAAUUCAAACCUGGUAGCAGAGCCCAUGUGUAAAGUACCAACGCUCACCGGAGAAGGUGGUCGUCUGAAAAGAGAUACACCAUUGGUUCAGCGACGAGAUUUCGAACUAUUACCCGACUCUCUUUGGAAAGCAUUAUCCAUGUGGUACGGCGGACCCUUGCCCCUACCACGCCAAGUUAUCAAGCCACCUGGACGGUCAGAAGUAGAACUAGAGCUCUACCCACUCAAUCUGAAGAUAUUGAGGCAUCAAACGCAACAGAGUGUUAAUAAUACUGCAUCGUGGAGCAGUGUGGUAGGCGGUUAUGGUGCAGCAGCAUUAAGCACAGCAGGGUUCACAUCCUCAGUUACAGCAGGAACUAGAAGAUAUUUAGCUCAUACAGCUGCAUUUUCGCGCUUAGCUACGGUUCAGCAGGUGACGGAUUUUCUGUGUCAUCGAUUAGCACUCAGAUCGGACGAUGCUCGAUUGUGGCUGCUUCGAGAACAACACCCCUCAAGUCUGUUGGACGAUGACAACGCGACCUUGCAGGACUUAGGCGUAGUAGAUGGAGACCAGAUACUACUAGAAGUUAGGAACAAGGAUCUCACUUGGCCGGAGGAAUUGGGACAGUUGGUCGCUAGCGGUGGACAUGAUUCCAGCCUCAGUGUUGAAAGGCGGCCUACGAUAUGUUUGCCACCUGGUGCGACCGGCUUACACAACCUAGGCAACACCUGCUUCAUGAACGCCGCUUUACAAGCUGUUUCGAACACGCGACCGUUGACCCUAUACUUCCAACGGGACCAGCAACUCACAGAGUUGAACGCAGCGAACCCGUUAGGAACGAGAGGCGUGGUUGCCAGGCGGUACGCUGAGUUGUGUAGGGAGUUGUGGGCGGGCCGGACGAGGAGCGUUGCGCCAAUCAAAAUGAGGUGCUGCGUCGUGAAGCAUGCCCCUCAUUUAGGGGGUGGGGGACAACAUGACUCCCAGGAGCUGUUAGCUUGGCUUUUGGAUGUCCUUCACGAAGACCUAAACAGGGUUGCAAAAAAGCAAUACAUAGAACUAAAAGACAGUGGUGGGAGACCAGACGAAAUAGUAGCCGAAGAAGCCUGGCAACAUCAUCUUAACAGGGACCACUCAAUUAUUACAGAUCUGUUUUAUGGCCAGCUUAAGAGCAAGGUAACUUGCCAGACCUGCGGUCACGAAUCUGUUAGAUUCGAUCCUUUUAACCUACUCAGCUUGCCAUUGCCUAUGGAAAGUUAUACGUUAUGUGAAGUAUUAGUGGUGCGGUUGAACGGAGAGGUACCUGUGAAGUACGGCAUGCGGCUGAACUCUGAAGCAAAGUACCUAGAGCUAAAAGAGCAACUGUAUGAACUAUGCGGGGUACGACCUGACCGUCUGCUAUUGGCCGAGGUAGCAUGUUGUCAAGUGCGUUGUUUACUGGACGAUGAAGCAAAGAUCAACCCUGCUACCGCCACAGAGAUAUUUGCUUACGAGGUGCCUGAUAUUGGAGAGGUGGUACCUAAAGCAGAGAUCGACAUCGAUACAGAGUUGGAGAUGUGCGAAAGUCCACUGGCGCGCAGUCCCGAGGUAAGCGCUGGUUCGGCCCUAUGCAUGCCCAACAUUCUGUGCUUCAAGAACGUAAAGAAAUCUGUAACAGACAGGCCCAGAAUUUCUUACAAUAAGAAACCAUCAAUAUCUACGCAUUCCAACGCAUCGACAGCAUCAGCUACAUCCGACACCCUAACUCAAAAGCCGCCGCCAUAUUUGGUAGCCGUUCACCGGAAGUGCGUCCGACAAGAGACGUACUUCCUGUCACAGCAGAAGAGCAGACCGAGCCUAUUUGGUAUGCCCAUCCUGCUAGGUUUCAAUGAAAACAGUACUUGUCAGAGCCUAUACGAAGCCGUUUGGAGCCAGGUGACCAGGCUGCUUAGCCCUAUGCCACAGAGCGAUCAGACCAACCAUGCUACUGAUUGUGACGAUUCGCUGAAGUACGAGUUCCCAUUCACCCUGAAGGCCGUACUGCAAGGCGGUCAAAUCUGCGCCGUCUGCCAUUGGACCAAAUUCUGCCGGGGCUGCGUCCUCCCAUGCGGCGACCAGAGGGUGAUAGACUGGUGCGGGGGCACGCGGUCCCCCGGCAUGAUGAUCUCCAUUGAUUGGGACCCUACGGCGCUCCAUUUGCGAUACCAGAGCAAUAGGGAAAAGUUAUGGAUAGAGCAUGAAUCUGUAGCAAUCUGUAGGAGACUUCAUACGGAACCGAUAGAUUUGGAUUACUGCUUGAAAGCCUUUACGUCAGAAGAACGCUUGGAGGCAAAAUACCAUUGCAGCAACUGUCAAGACAAGCAGCCAGCUACCAAGAAACUGCAGAUUUGGAGACUACCUCCCUUAUUGAUUAUACAUCUGAAGCGGUUCGAUUUCGUCAAUACGAAGUGGGUAAAAACUCAGAAAGUGGUGAACUUUCCCUUCAAAGACUUUGAUCCCACAGCUUAUUUGGCGUCUGUACCACAGGAAACCAUUCUUAGGCACAAACAGCUCAUUGAGCAGAAAAAUGAAGAAUUGGAGAAGUCUGUUGACAGUCAGCCCGAGAGAAUACUCGAGGAAUCUGAUAUGAAUGGUGACAUUCCCAGUAGAAAUGACACCACUGCUGUUAAAGACGAGGUAGACAACUGGCGACUGUCGAAUGAUAGUGAACUAAGGAAGAUUGAGGUUAAAAAACCGACUGAACGUGCGAACAAAGGUAGAGCAAGGUUAGAGUCAACUAGUCUCUUGAAGACACCCAUCAUAGACGAGCAUCUCAAAGAUUACCAUGAACAUAAACUGUUGCCUGGACAGGACCCAUUUGAUCUGAAGUAUCAGCUCUACGCUGUCGUGAGCCAUAGUGGAUUGCUGAAUGGUGGCCAUUACAUCUCAUAUGCCUGCAACCCCAAUGGUCACUGGUACUGCUACAAUGACAGUUCGUGCAGGGAAGUGUUAACUGCUGAUAACCAGGAUCCUUUGCCAUCGUACCACUCUCGAGCUAUAUCUGGAGGGGGCUGCACACCACUCUCUAGGAGAAAAAAUGUUGGGGGCCAGCAGCAACCGGCUAGAAAAUUGAGCAGUGGCAGUGCUUGUUCUGUAGAAGAAUCAACAGUGAGGGAAAGGGUAGGAUCUGAGGCAUCUGAUGGAUCUCUUCCUCGAGAAAUUUCGGCCACAAAUAGCUGCAGUUCCAGAUCAGGGUCGAUUAGUUCCGUGGACAAAGUGGGUUGCGUUUCCGACGGUUUGGCCUGCGAUAAUCGUUCCAGCAGUAGCGAGAAACUCCUUAGGGAUUCGCCGUAUUCCAGCCGGAAGUCGGUGAACAGUUUUCGGUGUCCGUACGAGAAUGCACGGGUGCCCAAGAUAGACACCAGUACAGCUUACAUACUGUUCUAUGAACGAUCUGGCUUGGAUUACCAGCCAUAUAUGCCUAAGGUGGUCCCCAAUGCUAAACAAGUGCCUGUAGAAGAUAUAGACGAUAGUGAAGAACUGAGAAAACAGCUGUGUUCUAUACAGUAAUGUGCAACAUGUUAGUUAAUCUUUAGGCAAUUUUGGUUGAUUCUGAUUUUUUUCUUGUAUACAUUACAACCAAAAAACAGUAUUGUCCUUGAAAACAUGGCGACUCAUGCGUAUACUGUCUAAGUGUCCCUGAAAUAGCACAUUUAGAUAGCAAAGAACUGGCCAUGUUUUCAAGUUACUGUUUCUACUUUUUGCGAGGAAUUGUAAUUUUGUGGUCAAUAUUUCUCUGCAAGAAGGUUAUUUGAAAGGCGAAGGCAAAUGCAUUGAAAUAUACAUUCCAAAAUUCCUUUAAAACAUUGUUUUACACUGAACUAUAAAGUACUGAACUGAUUAAUUUCCCUAAAAUCAUCGUUCAAUAUGUCUAAAUCAUCAUCUGAACAGUUGCUAUGCUUUAUAUUGCAGUUGAUUCGUUCAAGAUUACCUCCAAAAUGCACCUCACUGAUCACCCAUAAAAAGGAUGGGAAGUGUGAGAUUGACUCCCAUUUGCUUUCCAAGCACAAUGUUGUUACUCUACAAAAAUUGGACUUAGGCCAUUUUUCAUUUACCUGGAGAAAUACGCAAAUGCUUCAAUAAAACAUGCAUCCAAAUAUUACACAAAUACAGUUAAUAGCUCUUUCGUGAAACUGUACCUAAGAUAGGAAAUUAUUUUGUUUGUCCUAUAUUUAUAUCAACAGGAAAAUCGGUAUAUCAUUCUUUUUCGUUCUGAUACUUUCAUUUAUCCCUGAACUAUUUUCUUUAAUAUUGCUUAUAUAACGUUAGGGUGCGAUAGAAUAUUUCUCCAAAAACUACACAAUGACAUACUUCACUAACUAAGUAUAACCGGUUGAAAUUUUUAUACGGAUUUCACCGUAUUCGAAUUCAUUUCUCUAUACGUUAUUCAAAAAUGCAAUAGGUGUUUUUCUUAGCCAGUGGUGUAGUAAUUAAUGUAGUCUCAAGCACGAAAAAUUUUGUUUAUAUUUUAAGGCAAUACCACUCCGAAGAGAUAGUCCUUUCCGAUUUCGAUACUUUAAUGAAUGUUGUAUGUCAAAAACGAGAGCCUUCCCGACUGAUGCACUUUUUAUCUUAGAAACAGCACUCGUCAUUUGGAACAUUGGGCACUGUAUCUUAACGAACUUUGAUAUAAACUACACUUGACUCUUGGAUUCAGCGCUAAUCUGUCAGGAAACUCCUAAAAAUUAAAAAGUAGCAUGCUGUUAGUCCUGUUGAUAUGAGUAUAUUUUCUAUUGUUGGUUUGUAUAGUUCGUUUUUCAUAUUGUUGAUAUCGUUAUUUUUACAUGAUUUUCGAGGUUAAGUAUACUGUGAUCUUAUAAGGACAAGGCGACAUCGUAUAAAAAUAUCUCUGGAUUUUUACCACCACAGUUUUAAGCGUGAGUUGAUGGAUUUACGUGAGAAUACUUUUUAAGGGAAUUCUUCGCCAUAUUCGUGUUUAUUAAAUAUUCAAAGUUCGUACUCUUUGUAUUUUUAUAUGUGCCACAGUUUUCUGUUCAAAUGUUUUUAGUAUUAUUUAUUGAAAGAGAUCUAUGUCUAUUAUCCUAAUACAAACUAUGUGAUUAAGUAAUAAGAAGAGCCUAAAGUAAUAACGUUUAUUUUUCAACAAAAGGAGGCUUAUAGAUAAACGUUUGUUUUUAUAUUUAACUUAGGCAGACCAAAGAUAUUCAAGGAAUCCAAGAUAGAUAUUUGUGGUUGAAAAGUGUGAUCAUGUCGAAAUAUUUAUGGAGAAUCCUGUACAUUUUUUCCUAGUCUGAUAUUUUUAUUCCAUUAUUUUUAAGAUAUUUUAACAUGUUAUAUAUAUAAAUAAUGAUACGAAUUAUUCCAUUUAUGUAUAUGUAAUGUGUUAUACAGUUAUAUGGUGCCAUUAUAAUAAAUAAAGCUUGUACCUUGUU